UCGAUAAAUUGCAUAUUUUCAAACCAAAUCAGUUGAUGUGUUUUCUUGAUCGGUUUCGGUGCUUUGUUUUAAUUGAAACUAUAUAAAUCCUAAAAAAAACUAAAAAUAUUAAAUUAAAAAAAAAAAGUGACAACAAUUAAUUCCCGAUAAUUCACUGGUGCAUAAAGUAAUUUAUAUUUUUAAAUUAUAGAAACAAAUAGUGAAUAUAGUGAGCAUUUAUGAAACAAAUUCCGGAAAAAGGUUACUUCUAUUGUGACGAAAACUGGCUCUUAUUUCAGGUAAACUCAUUGAUUUAAAAUAUUGAAAAUACAAGUUGUAAUGGAAUGCAUUUUAAUUAUCGGUAAAUUAAAUGAAGAACAGUUAACCCCUUAGUGCGGUUGUUUGAGAGGACGGUGCUACGUGCUACGCAUCUAGCAAGCACCCGUUUCAAACACAACAAAGGGUUAAAUACUUUAUAGGUAAUCGAACAAAGAAACUUUGGGGCGAUGUCAGAUAGAUAUAAUCUUCAUCAACCUAAUGAUUGUCCGCAGCUAAAUUAUUCAUUUCGUUCGCAAGGAUCAUCAUCUGGCCUGCCUUAUUGUGUGCUACCAAUUUACAUCCGCCCAAUGGAGGAAGCUCGCUUGCCUGUUCGCUAUUUCAACAACCAAAAUUACAAUAUGAAUAUGAAACUUACUAACGGAAUGUUACCGCCAAAACCUAACGGGCUAGGCCAAAAUUUUCCGCAUUCAAGUACCAUGAAUAGCGGCGGGGCACCUCCUCAAAUGCCACCACCCUACGGAGGCUAUGGCGAAAGGAAUCGUUUUGCUCCCUACUAUAACAAUCGAGCAUCUUAUGCGGGCUCAAUGAAUAAUGUCCAAUAUCUUCAACAAUACAACAUGCAAUUCUAUGGAUCUUGUCCAACUACUUCCUGUUACGCCCCAUCAGAACUAUCUGAGGCUUCCAUCUCCACCAGCAGUAGUAGUAAUGGCAGCGCAGGUGGAUACCCCGGGACAACUGAUCAGGCAAAUCAACCAGUGACUCUUCAAAUCAACAAUCUUGACUAUUCGCUGGAGGAAAAUAGUUUGCGGCACUUUCUAUUGAAUCAACUAAAACCAAUCACUCCUGUUGUGUCGUUGGUUAUUGAGGGAAACUCCUAUGUUAAAGUGACUGUCCCGAAUCUUCACUUUGCCAAGCAGGUUGUAUCUAAUCUACAUCGGAAGAAAAUCGGUCACAAACGCAUGGUAGUUUCCUACACGCGGGAUUCAUCAUCGACUGAGAUAAACACUUUGAGAUGUCAAGUAGCAGGACUACUCAAGGACGUUCCAUACUGUACACUGUCCAUGUGUAAAUUUCGAGAAUUAUUUCAGUCACGUUUCAAGUCCUCCAUAGGCGUCUUAGACCUUUACAAAAUGCAGGACAUUUGUAAUAUCACAACAGACAAAAACGAGGAGAAGUACAUCAGCUUGCAUCCAGACCUGGUCAACUCAAUCGAGACCAGUCCCUUGAUGGAAUGCCUUCAGUUGAGUGUCCCGUAUUGCACCACGCACUUUAAACGAGAGCAACAUAAGGGAUGGGCCGAGCAGGAAAUUGAGCCACUACCGAAUGUGUUCAUGACUAUAUCAGAAAUCCAAUCCAUCAUAUAUCCGCUGCUCAAGAACCAUAACGGAGACAUACCGGUUGCGAGCCUUGUACAUUGCAUUCAAGGCGAACUCGGUGUUAACAUUACAUUCAAUGAUAAUGGCGUUAACUUGGAACAUUUGAUUUGUUGCGUUCAAGGAAUACAAAUCACAACCAAUAACUUUGGCAUUAAAAUACUUGGCUGGCUUGAACCGGAAAAUGUAAUGGGAAAGGAUUCUAAUGAUGGGAUCACCUUCAAAAGUUCCACACAUGAUUCAACGUCAGAAGUUGUCGCCACAUCACAUUUCAAAACAACUUUGAGGAAAUUAUUCUUUCCAUUUCUAGGACGCUUCUAUCUUAAAUCUGGAACAACGUCUGAUCCCCUUUAUCAGAUUUCACGGGAAGUUAUUGAAUUAGUGAAAAUGUCCCCGAAAUCAACAAUGAAGUUCAAUCGAUUCAUACCGGCAUAUCAUAACCACUUUGGGAAGCAAUGCCGCGUGGCCGACUACGGAUACACGAAACUUAUUGAGCUAUUCGAGGCACUAUCGUCCGUUGUACAGAUAAUGGGUGACGGCGAAAACCGCCAGAUAACCCUUCAUCACCGGACUCAAGUUCGUCGGUUCACCUCGGAUUUACUUCGCAUCCUGCGGGCCCAAGCCAAUAAAUCUAUCCUUUUGUCCCAACUACCGGAAAUCUUUUCACAAACUCAAAACCGUAAAUUCGACAUUACUGACUAUGGUGUAUGCGACAUCGUCGACAUUCUAGACGGUUUGGUCAACUCAGACACAGUCGUCAUUACGAAAAUGCAAAAUGGAAACGAUAUCCUAAUCUCGAUACCAAAACGAAAGCAAACGCAAUCUGAAAUCGAGAAAACUUGCGUUUUUGCUGGAGAAGUGGCUGAAUUGUUCCGAAAUGCCGCUCAGUACUCGAUACUAUUCCAGAAGUUUGUUCGGUCGUAUCACUAUCACUUUGGCUACCAAUGCCGCCUCAGUGACUAUGGAUAUCUUAAACUGGCUGAUUUGAUAGAGGCGAUUCAAGGAGUUGUGGAGAUUGAAGCUACCAAUGAUGAAGAUAAACGUAUUCGUCUCUCUACAAAGAUGGCCCAGCGGAUCUUCGCGGAACAGUUGGAAGAUCUGGUGAGGGAGUUCACAGGAUGCGCUCAGACCUGUAUGCAACUGGAUGAAGUUUUGCAACUCCACAAGAAAAAGUAUGGUUACCAGAUUCAACCGCAAACUCUGGGAUUCGAAAGCAUUUUGGACGCAAUUAAAGUUUUGCCAUAUAUUGAGCUUUUAGAUAUAGACGACAAUCAAUGGAUAAUCUGUCACUAUGAUGAUCCUGUAUUUCGCAGUCGAAGCUAUCGUGCUUCUAAGAUAAUUCAGGAACAUAAUGCAGAGAUAAUGCCCAUGCAGGACUUCAUUACUGCAUUCGCUUCAAAAUACAAGGAGACGCUAAAUGAGAAGAUGAUUGAAGCUAUGAAGCAUGCAGUUGAGAUAAGUAAUGAUAGAGGUAUUCAAUAUGUGAAGCUGACGAACUUGAUGAAAUUUUUGACUAGCAUAAUACGCCUUCUGGGUCAACGUUAUAUGGUGCUUUAUGAUAUCAAAGUCGCCCUAAAUCUGGGCAUUACGGAUUGUUGCAAAUAUGGUUACCCGAAUCUGUACACACUACUUCGUGCUUAUCCUGACAUAUUCGUCGUGGAGAUAGGACCAUCCCAAGACCGCAGUGAAAUCGGACUGGUUGCCCAAGGAGAUUUUAUCUCCAAAGCAACAUUCCGCCAACCAGAAGAAAGUUUCACAAAGCAGCAGAAGCCCAUGAUGACCAAUAAGUCAGUUUCAGAUCGCUUGAUGCAAGCCCUCGUUCCAGUCGACAAUAAACCUAAUUGUAUUGACGUUAUUGCUUCACAAAAUUAUACAAAACAAAAUCAACGAGAGAAUGCACUCUACAACUCCUUGUUAUACAAUAACAACAAGGAGAAUUCUUAUAGCAGUUCAUUGAAUGGAUCGUUCAAUUCGUCGAUGUCCUACGACCCAAACUCAAGCGUUGCCAGCACAGGUAGUUAUGGUAGCGGUCACAUUGGCCUUUGGAAUCGACGUCAGGAAAGGUACCUUCGAGACCACCAGGAUAUGAACUUCCUGACCAUACCUCUAUAUCAACACUACGCGCCACCGAAACCUGACACACCACCUUCUGAUAAAAUGCCUUUCUGGAUAGAUCCCAUUUGGACGAAUGGUAAUGGUGAAAAAUCACCAAAAAUUGAUUCGUUCAAUAUGAAUCUACCACUGAAUAUUCUACCAAUGCUUAUGUCACCGUAUACAUUAUCAAAAUCGGAAAACAUGAAACAAAUGUUUUCAUUUGAUCACGCCGAUAAGGUAAUAUCAUAAGCUCAACAAAUUC